CUCUCAUAUGUAAAUCGAUGAUACUAGGCGUUACAAGGCCGUACAUUUGCUCUUUGCUUAUAAGUAGAAGGCAUCUCACCACUCCGCCAUCCAGUGUACGCAAGCGAUUUCUUGUCUCGGUCCGCAAUAUGGCCUCUGGCUCUGCGCCGAUAACCCUCUCCUCCCUCACAGAGCUGCAAGGACAUGUCCUGGCUCCUUUACUCCUUGACCCUGUUGAGCAGCCAAAGAUUGCUAUAAUCGAUGUCCGAGACUCUGAUCACCUUGGCGGCAAUAUCAAAGGUAGCACAUGGAUACCUAUGGAUCAGCUAGACGCUCGAAUACCUGAACUCGUAAGGACCCUCAAGGAUAAAGAGAGAGUUGUCUUUCACUGCAUGUUGAGCCAACAGAGGGGUCCUAGAGCCGCCUUGAGGUACGCGAGGGCCAAGCAGAGUCACGAGGCGAAAGAGCAGAAAUUAGAGCAAGGUGAAGAGACGAAGCCUGCUCAAGAGAUAUGUGUGCUCCAGGGUGGUUUUGGGCAAUGGCAAGCACAAUAUGGCGAGGACCCUCGGUUGACGGCGGAUUAUGUGCCUGAUAUCUGGCUCUGAAGCUGGACCGCGAAAAGUUAUCCCUUUUUGGAUCGUGCACUUCAACAACAUGAGAGUGGAAGGUUGAAGAGCUGUUUCGAGGAGUGGCGCCCAGACAUGCCGACUUCGCGAAGUCAAUGAUAGUCACGCCGCGGGAAUUUCAGGCCUUGGGAUCGCGCACCAGGACUAGCCGCCGGUGCAAUACUUCCCAGUCUCCCUUCCCUGCGACAGUGAUAAGUUUGCAAUGUCUGUUUGACAGCUCGGCGCUUUCCAAGGGGGCGCCCUGACCGGUCACAGAUGCAAAUAUCUGGUUGAGGAACAGCUGCAGUGGGAGAAUCUGGCUACGACAGCUAUCGGAUACAGCCCUUCUUCGGCUCAGUGGCUGCAACUUGAUACAGAAGUCCGUGAUAUACUCAGACUUCGGUCCAUCUUCGAGCCAGCGGUCGUCAAAACAUCAUUAAUGUACUGCUAGAGUGUCAUAUGAUGAUCAACAGCAACAGCAAUAAUGCAUGUGGUAG